GAAGCCGAGCGGAAAGACAGCGAUGAGGAGAUGGAGAGAUGGGAACAACAACAAAUUCUGAAAGCCGUUGGCGCAGCAACGAUCGGUCAAGUGAAGCACGAGUACGAGCUGACCACCCAGUUCUUCCAACAGGUUCGCGAAGAAAAGACGUCGGUGACUCCUACGAUGAAUGCUCAGCAGCGGCGGCCUGGGAAGAAUAUAGCAACUAUCAGAGUUGGGGAGCACGGGAUGAGAGCCGCGGAAAGAGAAGGGCGCCGUGGCCGAAGAAGACGUGAACGGGAAGGGCAGCUGCAGGGGAUUUCGCAUGAAGACGGCCUCAGCACUGAUGAUGAAGAAACGACCUCAAGAAUCGUGGCUGACAACGAGGGAAAAGCUGAAUUAAAUGCUGCCCUCCAAGUUGUCUUCGUCGACGCCCUCGAUGAAUACAGCAACAUUUCAAAAGUUUUGGAUCGCAUCAUCGAUUGGCUGGUCGUUGACGGAAAAUCUUUCCAAGAUGCCUAUGUCCAUCUGUGUAUUCCGAAGUUGUUGUCUCCCUACAUACGCCUGCAGCUGUGCCAAGCUGAAAUUUUGAAGGACCCUAACUUCCGACUCGAUGACCAAGCCUGGUACACGGACAUUCUGACGGCGGGCGCCUCGUCCGAAAUUGAUCCGCAACAUCCGGUAGUUGUCGGGCUGUUGCCAGCAAUUGUUGAAAAGGUUGUUGUGCCAUACCUCACAGAGCUUGUGGUCGAUGAAUGGGAUCCGUUGUCUUUCCGGCAGACGCAGAAUUUGACGACCUGCAUCAAUACCAUCAUCCGAGAAUAUCCCACGAUAACUUCUAAAUCAAAGAUGGUGAAUCGACUAGCGAAUGCCAUACAAAAACGGGCCAAAGACUCCGUUUCCGAGGAUAUCUUCAUACCGAUGUACGCGAAGCACGACCCAAGCGUCAUUAUAAAAGUCAAAGCUCUGAUCGCCGAGACGCGGAACGAAUGGAUGCCCUAUAUGAAUAUGAAUUCUCGUAAACAAGUAGCUUUGGUGAUUGAACGAUAUGAGCGGAUAGCUCGAGAUGAGAUUAAUUCCCUGAAGCGACUACAUGUGCAAAUCGUUGAGGGCAAUAAUAGAAAAGAAAAUACGCAUGCGCUACAAGCACAGGCAAAACGUGUCGAAGAUCAACUACUAAAAGGCCUGGCCCAAGUUAUGUCGACCAGGGCUGAACUGGAACCAGAAUCCUGCGAAGAGUUUGACUUGAAGAUUGAGCCCGUACGAUUGCUGAUACAAAGCGAAGAGGACGAGCCGAACAUUUAUGCGGAAGAAGCCCGCCUUCAAAUGGAGAAGACUAUGAACAAAAAUUCUGAAUUAAAGAUGAAGGCCGAAGAAGCACGACUGAUGGCCGAGGAGUCUGUGCGGUUGGAAGCGGAUGUCCAGGAUUUGAACGAAAUCUUUACGCAACUCCAGACGAUCGUACAUCAACAACACGAUAUGGUUGACUCGAUCGAAGAACAUGUCGAGCAAGCGCAUUCUCAAGUCGAACGCGGUAAUCAACAAUUGAAGCAGGCUGUCAAGCAUAAAAAUGCCAAGGUGCCGGUUGUGACUGCCGUUGUGGGAGGAUUGGCUCUUGGUGGGCCGGUCGGCAUCGCGGCCGGCUCGACAAUUGCCGGCGUGGCAGCCGCCGUUGGAGGAGCAUUCGCAGCCCACACGAUUAUUCUUGCCGAUCCGUUCGAAGAUGAUCCUCGCUUGGAGAUUCCCGCAAGGUCGCCAUCGCCAACUUAUGAUAGGAUCUUUUCGGGUGGCCAAAUUGCCAUUGAUGAGGAUUUACACGAUCACGAGGGCAUGACGGAGGAAGAGUUGAAACGAGAAAUGGAAGAGCGCGAGAUGCAGGCCCAGGCUCAAAUCCUCGAGAUUGUCGGCGAUCUACGCAGCGCAGAUGACGUCCCACCGGAGAAUGUGCUUUUCGUAUGCAAGCUGAACCCCGUUACUACCGACGAAGAUCUGGAAAUUAUCUUUGCGAGAUUCGGGAAGGUUGAAUGCUGUGAAAUUAUCCGUGACCGCCGAACAGGGCGUUCGCUGCAGUACGCCUUCAUCGAAUAUUCAGACCCCAAAUUUGUGGAAGCUGCCUACUUGAAGAUGGACAAUGUGCUGAUUGAUGACCGACGCAUUCACGUCGACUUCUCUCAAUCGGUUUCAAAAAAUUACAAAUGGCAUAAGGGACAAGGAGGACGAGCAACGGAGAUGAACGGUCAGGGCAAUGAGAAUAGAAAGCCCGUGGAGCGGCGUCGAGACGAUAGGAAACCGGAAAGACCGGUUGAACGCCGUCAACGCUCCCGAUCUCCAAGGAGAGAGCCGCGGCACGAAGAGCGGCGAGAUCGUCGCCGGGUCGACGAACGGGAUCAGAGGCGAGAACGAGACCGCCGUGAACAUAGGCGUGAACGCGAACGCGAAGUCGUCGUCGAUCGUUGGGGCGAGGUGCAGAAGCGAGAAAUCAAGCGCGAAGCCUCGAGUUCACCAGAACGCUCCAGGAAGGAUAGGAGGCAAUCAUCGCCGAAACGCGCACGUCGCGACGCUUCACCGGCGCGUAAAAUCAAGAAGGAGGUUGUCAGCUCGGACGAUGAACGGGACCGUCGGGACAGAAAAGAUAAGAAGAAAGAGAAAAAGCAGCGCCGCUCGAGCUCAGGCAGCCGAAGCCCGUCAAGACAUCGCCGCAGA